AUGGACCAGUCCAAAGAGCAGCAGAAUAUGCUGUAUAUGCUGGUCACAGGGGCUAACAGCGGUCUUGGCUUCUCAAUCUGCUGUCGCCUCGCAGACGAAUUCCUCUCCACCCACCCCGAGUCCGAAUCUCUGACCAUAAUCUUCACAACAAGAAGUGCGCGCAAAGCCCAAGACACCAUUCGCGGCCUGAAGGUGCAUCUACACGAAACCUCCCCCGCCAACACAGCCCGCAUCCACUUCGUCCCUGAGAGCGUCGACCUCGGAGAUCUCGUUUCUGUGCGCGCCCUCUCCAGAAGACUUAUCCACUCCCUCCCCAGACUCGAUGCGAUUGUUCUCAAUGCCGGGAUAGGCGGGUGGUCCGGCAUCCACUGGCCCAGGGCUAUCUGGGGCGUGUGCACCGAUCUCAUUCACCAGGUUACCUGGCCGUCCUACAAGCUUGCGCCAGUCGGCGUUUUAACGGCCAAACAAACAAAGACCGAAGAAGAACCUGCGCUAGGCUCGAUCUUCUGCGCUAAUGUCUUCGGUCAUUACAUGCUAGCGCAUAAUGUGACUCCAUUGUUGAAGCGCGCUCAUAUCAAUGGGCCUGGCCGUGUGGUGUGGGUAUCUAGUAUUGAGGGAUCUUGCAAGUUUUUCAAUAUCGAUGAUAUCCAGGGCUUGCGUACUUCUGCUCCAUACGAGUCUUCCAAGGCUCUGACGGAUAUCCUCGCUUUGACCUCCAAUCUGCCUAGUACGGCACCCUGGUCCGUUGAAAGCUUCUUGGAAUCGGAAUCUGAGCUCAAUACCCAUGCUAUACACACCGAUGCCCCGGAUUCUUCCCCUCGCUCGUAUCUCUCGCAUCCUGGUAUUUGCGCCACUUCUAUCAUUCCCUUGAUUCUUCCCUUGGCCUGGGCAAUGGUGGCUUCCUUCUGGAUUGCCCGCAUCCUGGGUUCACCCUGGCAUCCUCUAUCCACUUACCUCGGCGCCUGUGCACCCGUGUUUCUGGCAUUGGCCUCCCAGGCCAAGCUUGAUGCUGCCGAAGAACCCUAUCACCAGGCUGGCGGGGGACGGGCAAAGUGGGGCUCAUCUUGCUCCCGACUUGGAGUCGAAAGUCCGGCUUCAACUGAAGUAGACGGGUGGGGACAUGGUGGUGUUGUUGGGACGCCUGUGGUAGAGGCUGAUCGGGUUCGCCGUCGCAAGCGAGGCGCGGAGUACCUCACCAAGGAACAGAAGGAAGAGUUUGAAGAGCUUGGUCGUGGAUGCUGGAAGCAGAUGGAGGAGCUGAGGAUGCAAUGGGACGAGAUCUUAGACCAAGCCGAAGCCCGAUCUUGA